CAGAUAAACAGAGAGAGGAAGUAACCAGCUAGCUGCUGGUAACUUCACUGAUGACAGCCUCUAGAGACGCCUUACAUGUGAAUUUGACAGGGAAGCUUAAAUGACGGUCGUACAAUAUCACCUGAAGCAAACGGGACGUGAUUAAAGUCCGCCAGACAGAGCAGGCGGCUAUGGGUCUCUGCAAGUGUCCGAAGAGAAAGGUGACCAAUUUAUUCUGUUUCGAACAUCGUGUAAAUGUGUGCGAGCAUUGCCUGGUCUCCAACCACAACAAGUGUAUCGUGCAGUCAUAUUUGCAAUGGCUCCAGGACAGCGAUUACAACCCCAACUGUACUCUGUGUAAUACUCCACUGAACGCUCAAGACACUGUCAGACUGGUCUGCUAUGAUGUGUUUCAUUGGUCCUGUCUUAAUAACUUGGCGUCUCGGCUGCCUCUCCAUACGGCUCCAGCGGGAUACCAGUGUCCCAGCUGUCAGGGUCCACUGUUUCCCCCUUCAAACCUUGCCAGCCCAAUUGCUGAUGUGCUAAAAGAACAGCUGUCAUCUGUUAACUGGGCGAGAGCUGGUUUAGGGCUGCCGCUGAUUGAAGAGCCCAUUGGGGUCCUUGAGGAGACCACAGCCAACGAUGUCACCGAUUAUACUGACUGGUCAACAUUUGAUGCACAAGAACAGAGUAACAUUUUUCCCAGCCAAUCUUACAACACCAGCCUCAACCCACCACCAAAUUCUGUCUCACCUCCAGCACAGGAAGAGGUUGGAGGUCCUCGUAAAAAUGGGGAUCCAAAUAUGCAGGAGCACGCUGUGGUCAACUUCACUAAAGCCACAACCUGUGACACAAUUACACUACACGCAGCAUCGUCACCAAGAAAGAUCUAUGACACACGGGACAUUAGCCACAGCUCUGUUACACAGAUCGACUUCGAUGAUGAUAAGUACAGACGACGGCCAGCAUUAAGUUGGUUUGCUCAAAUUCUCAAAAAUCGAACAGGUGGAAAGCGGACGUCUCUGUCCUGGAAACAGCGGGUCUUCAUGCUCCUUAUUGUUGGUGUUCUGGGAUUCUUUACAUUGAUCAUCAUCAUGGCUAAACUUGGACGUGCCUCCGCUGGCUCAGACCCAAAUUUAGAUCCUCUUCUGAACCCCAACAUCCGUGUGGGGAAAAACUGAUCACAAGCAUUGAUUCCUACUUUUCCUUCUGUGUUACACAAUAUAAGCCUGUGUAGAACGAGCUGAAAUGGGACUUUCAAAUACAUGGUUAGCCCAGCAGAGGGAGCUGUGUACCCAACUUGAAUGGAAAAGAGAAAGAGACACUGCACCUUUUUUUUUUUUUUCUUUUUCUUAGAAUGGAGGCAAUCUCUGGUGCCAUUCAUGCACAUGACAGACCAGAAAUACACUGACUAUGAAAUAUCUCACAACAUUCAGAGGUUUCCUGUGUUCCAAGCAAAGCAACGCACAGGUGACCAAGGCCCGGUGCAGAUAGGCAAAGGAUCCGGUUAUUGUUGCUUUGAAAAGGGGUAAUAUUUAUAUUUACAAUUCCAGUUAACUAAUGUCAGUGAUUUUUCUAAGUUGAUUUUUUUUUUAGUUGAGUACAAACUAAAUAAACAUUGAUGUUUAAAGAACAUAUAUUUCUGGCAAAAAAAAUCUGAAUGUAUAUGAUCAGCAGCAUAACAUUCAGUCAUGUCUACACAGUUACAAACUGAUUCAAUUCAACUUAAAAAACUAUUAAUCCAAGAGGGGCCAUUUCUGAUUCCACUUGCUGUUUUGCUUCGAGUGUUCUUGUGUGUUUCUCCUUUAGAGAAUGUGUGGCCCUCACAACUGGAAUCAGAAACACCCAACACAUAAUUAACACAUAACUAUUUAUGGGUGUCUGCAUUACUUCUGAAACUGAGUGCAUUGCUUUUAGAUUUGCUAUACAUACUGUAUGUACAUUUUCCUGAUGUUUUUGACUGUCUAUUAAAUGUCAGUACUACAGA